CCCUUUGUUUAUCGUUUUGUUUAUAAUCAAAACAAAUGAACUUAUGUGAACGUACAUGCCAAAUCAUUGAUUAAAGCAAAAUUAUGUAAGGAAUUAAAGUAAAAUGAUUAUUAAAAAGCUGCCAACUGAAGUUCAAACUCUUUUAAAUGCUUCUUCCAAAAUAAAUAACUACAAAAACGCUGUCGAAGAAUUGGUCUACAAUUCCCUAGAUGCCGAUGCAACUUCGGUUGCUGUACGAAUUAAUAUUUAUGACAAUACCAUACAAGUUAUUGACAAUGGUUUUGGAAUUGCGAAAUGUGACAUUCCUCUUUUGGGACAGAGGUAUGCCAGUAGUAAAGUCACCGACAAAUCUGAACUCAAAAGUGCACCUAUUAAAUUUGGAUUCCGCGGUGAAUCUUUAUCGAAUAUCAUUGAAGUUUCACAAUGUGUUAAAAUAACAACCAGACACAAGGAUGCCAAUGAAACAUGGAUUAAAACUUUUUAUAAAGGACAGUACAAGGACAGCCAAAUAACUUUAAUGAGACCUUCAAAAGGAACCACAGUGGAAUUAAAAGGCUUUCUUUAUAACUUGCAUAUUCAGAAAAAAGCUACAAAUCCUUUGAAUGAAUUGCAAAAUAUUAAAUUAUUUCUACAACAAUUAUCACUAGUUAAUACAAAUGUUUCAAUAAGUCUCCGUGACAACUCCAGGAAUGAAAUAAUAUUUAAAGUACAUAAAAACAGAGAUGUAUACCAAACACUUUCUUCACUUUAUGAUAUAGAACAAAAAGAUUUCCAAGAAUUACAGAUUGAAAAACAUCAAUAUAAAGCAAAAGGAUUUAUUAGUAAACAAAAUGCUAAAAUAUGUUCAUACCAAUGGAUAUAUUUGAAUGGAAGAUUUAUCAAUAAAAGUCCUCUUCAUGAUGUAAUAAAUUCCAAUUUCACAAAGAACAGACAGUUCUAUAAAAAUGUAAAGACUAAGAAUAAUUUUCUUGAUUUUGAAAAUAAAAUGCAAAACAAUGAAAUACCUUCAUACUUUAUAUUCAUAACAUGUCCACAUUUAGACUAUGAUAUUAAUGUAUCUUCAACAAAAACAAUUAUAGAAUUCAAAGAUUGGAAACAAAUUCGGGAGUUGUUAGAAAAAUUAGUUCAAUUUUAUAAAGGAGAUAUUAAAUUAAAAAAAUUAGAUGUCGCACAGACUGAAAGAAAAAACAAAAUCGAAAAUACACGAGAAGAAGUGAGGAAAAUUAUGGAGAAAGUAUUAGAAAAUAAAAGUAAAGGUCACAAAAUAUCACAAUUGCGCAAAGGUGUUAAAGGUAAGAUAGUUAAGAAAAAGAAAAAAACAAGUAUAAAGCAAUUUCAAAAUAUACAUAAAAUAAGUAAUAAAAUUAAAACAACUGAUCAAAACCUCAAUAUACCUGAAAACCUAUCUUCAAUGAUAGAAGCUCCUAUAAGCAUGGAUUUGCAAUUAACAAGUAAGAAUGCCCAAACAGAAAAUAAUCAUAAUUUAAAGAUAUUAAUUAAAGAUUAUAAAGAGAAGCAAAAAAUUAAAACUAAGCUAAAUAUUGCGCAAAUUAUUCAGCAAAAUGAGAAACUAAAUACAGUUAAUACUCGUACAAAUAAUCAAAAAUUUAAAGAAACAGGUGACAUUAGUAAAGCUAAAGAGAACUUCAAUUUAGAAAUAGACAAUACAAUAAAUGAUAACUAUUUGAAUACUGCUCAUAAAGUAAAGACACCUCUAAAAGCAGCAUUUAAAAAGAAAAAACAAAAAAUGGCCGAAGAAAUAGAUCCCAUAAUGAAGCAAUGCAUGAAAGAAACUGCAUUUGAAAUGUAUAGUGAAAAAUUAGCACCAAAGACAAAUAAUAAGAAUAAAGUACAAUCAAAUCUUCACAUAUGUGAUACAAAAGAAAGUUUUCUUCAAAGUGGAGACAAUAUUCAUUUAUACUAUGAACAUAAAUUAGCAUUUAAUGGUAUUACACCUUUAAAUAAACUUGAAACAGAAUAUUUAAAAUCCAGUGAUCUAUUAAAGACAGUAAUAAAUAGCCAAAAAGUCUGCACUUUUAAUAAAGAAAAUACCGUACAUAAGCCUUUCGAAGGACAUAAUUACUAUAGCAAAGUACGUGAGAAACUGAAAUUGCCUACUGUAAGACGAAACAAUUUUAAUAUUGAAAAUGAUACAAGCAAUGAAAAUAUCGAACAAUUCCCUAAUAUUAAUUACAGUUCUUAUAUUAGACAGCAAAAUGAUAAUUUGCAAAACAUUCAAGAAUGUUUAGACAAGAAAUACAGCAAUAUUGAAAGCAGUGUUGCCAAUAUUGAAAACGAAUCUACGAAUUUAGAUUAUUAUAAACAUAAUAAAAGAAUCAAACAUGAUAAUAAUAUAGAAACUAACAUAACAUCUCAUAUCUACAAAUCGCUUCCUAAACUGACUUUUGAAAGUCAUAAAUUUAAUUUAAAUGAUGCUGUAAGAAAUAAUAAAAAUCUGAAACGUUUUAUUAGUAAACAAUCUAAGGAAAAUUUUAACCUCGAAAAUAAUAUUCACCAUACUUAUGUAACAUCAAAUAAAUACAAAUCCUAUAUCAAUCAACAUUAUAAUAGCAAAAAUAAAAGAAAAAAUAAACAUCCUUAUUUAGAGCCAAUUAAAAAUGUCCCAUAUUUUGAACAUAAAUCUUCACAUACGAUUGAAUUUUCUACUAAAAAUAUGUACAAUGCUAAACAAAAUACAACUGACCAAUGGAAAUACAAAAUAACAGGCAAUGUACAAAAUACUUAUACUAUAUUAGACUCAAACGUAUCAUUGGAUAUUGCAACUUAUCUAAAUAAUUUAAAUAAAAAUAAAAUAAAUCACGAUGAAUCUGUAGCUUCAUAUCUGAGAUUAAAUCUAAGUUCUGCAAAUGAUUUAUUUGAUAAAGAAAAGCAUCAAGAACCAGAAAUAACACAGAAUUUGAAAAAAUAUGUUCCAAAUUCAGAUAUGCCUGAAUUUAAUUUCAGUCAAAAAACAGAUGAACAAAUAGAACCUAUAGAUAUAUGUGAAGCUGUUUAUCAUAACAAUGGUCAUAAAGAAAUCAAUGAUUUUAAUAUAGCCAAAGAAAAAGCUAUUAAAGACAAUAUAACCAAUGCAAAAAUAAGACAUGAUUUUAGCAAUUCUUUUCACAAAAACGACGUAAUGUCAAGGUAUUUUUACUCUAUUGAAAAUAUAAGAAAUCUGUCUUUAAAUGACUACCAUAAUUUGUCAAACAGAGAACAAAACAGUAAAGAGAAAGAGACAAACAAUCAACCAGAUGAAAACCAAAAUGAUAAUUGUUAUGUGUUAGAUAAAGUUGACAAUUUGACUGACUUUAAUGAAGAAAUAUCACGCCAUUUUCAAACAGUACAGAAUAAUCAUAUAUUACAAAUGGGUAAAUCAAAUAAUGUAUUCAGUAGUGAAGAAUUUAAUAAAGAAAGAAAUAGUCUAGAAGAAAACCUAAGAAAUAGAGAUUUUAAUUUAGUUCCAAACAUUACGCGGAUUGGGAAUGGAUCAGAUGCUAUUGAAGUAGAAAAUAACGAUGUAAUAGAGGAGCAAAACGUGGAUAUAGAAAAUUUAAAUAAUUGUUGUACUAAUAAACAUAAUAAAGACGAAGAAAUAAUAUGCAAUGAAGAUAAUCAAAUUAAGCCUAAAGAUAUUGAAAUUGUCGAAGUAAAUAACGAAAAUAUGCCAAAUGUUAGUAAUAAUGAAAAACGAAAAAUUACCGAAAAUUUUGUAUUACAAAGUAGACAUAAUUUUGUACCUAAAGGAAUGUCGCCAAUAUUUGAGAAUUGUAACAACAAAAAUGUCUGCUCAUACAAUUUAGAAAAAGAUUAUUUUCAAGAUGACUUGUAUAAUAAUUUUGCGAAUGAUGUAUUGGACAGUAUUAAAAUAUACGAAAAUAAAGUUUCAAAUAUUAAUGAGGAACCUAAAAGGAUUAACAAAGAUCCAAAUUGUUUAAAAUUUGACACAAAAUCUCUGAAGGACGCAAAAGUUUUAGGUCAAGUCGACAGAAAGUUUAUAGUUGCCGAAUUAAAAAGCGAAAACCUCAAUAUGAAACAUUUGGUAUUAUUCGACCAACAUGCUGUUCACGAAAGAAUUAGACUGGAGGAGAAUUUAUCAGAUUAUAAAAAUGUUGAUCAAUGGAAUAGUAUAAAUUGUGAAACAAUCUCAUUGAAACUCUCCAAGGACCAUGUUCUUUACCUAAACAAUUUUAAAGAUACAUUUAAACAACUCGGUCUAGAUUGGAAAAUAGAAAAUGAUUCUCUGAUCACUAUUAAUGCUGUACCUAAAGCGAUAUUUGGAAAAUAUUGUAGACAGGCUGAUGUCAUUAUACAAUCUAUUAAAAAUCUAAUCAUAGAAGAAAUCAAAGCAAUAAAAUCUCAGGGAGGCAAUACUUUGUUGUAUCCCAAAUCAAUAAUGGACCUUGUGUUUAGUGAGGCUUGUAGAUACGCAAUAAAAUUUGGAGAUAAGCUAUCGAAGGGUGAAUGUGCAUCACUCAUCAGUUCUUUAUCAAGCUGCAGAACACCAUUUCAAUGCGCUCAUGGGAGACCAGUGCUGGCUGUAUUAUCGGAUUUGAAACCUUAUGAUUAUAAGUAUAAGGUAUUUUUUCCAGAAAUUGAUGCGUACAAAGAUUUCCUAGAAUCUAUUCCCUGUUUGUGACUGUAUUUUGCUUUUGUAAUGUUAUAGUUAUAGACUAGUUUCCACUAGCGACUUCGACCGCGUGGAAUUAAAAAAGAACUU